GGGCGGGAGGGACACGUGUGUGUCCCCCCCAUGGAGAUCCGACGCGCUUUGCCCCAGGAUUCCCGGGAGCUGCUGCACUGCCUGAAGAUGAGGAGCAAGUAUGCCGUCCUGCUGGUCUUCGUCGUCGGCCUCGUCAUCAUCGAGAAGGAGAACAACUUCAUCUCCAGGGUGUCGGACAAACUGAAGCAGUCCCCGCAGGCGCUGGCGGAGGCCAACGGCACGGAAGCCAGCCCGGCGCUGGCCGAGAACGGCUCGCUGGCCUCGCUGCAAGAGCUGGACGCCGCCUUCUCCCAGCUGAGGUCCCACCUGCGCAACGUCACCCUGCAGCUGGUGGGCGACGGGGAGCCCAGACCGCGGCGGCACGUCUUGCUGAUGGCCACCACCCGCACCGGCUCCUCCUUCGUGGGAGAGUUCUUCAACCAGCAAGGCAGCAUCUUCUACCUCUUCGAGCCCCUCUGGCACAUCGAGAGGACGGUGACCUUCGAGCCAGGGGGAGCUAACGCGGUGGGCUCGGCCCUGGUCUACCGGGACGUCCUCAAGCAGCUCCUCCUCUGCGACCUCUACAUCUUGGAGAGCUUCAUCUUACCGGCGCCUGAGGACCACCUGACGCCCUUCAUGUUUCGGCGGGGCUCGAGCCGCUCGCUCUGCGAGGAGCCUGUCUGCACACCCAGCGCCAAGAAGGUCUUCGAGAAGUACCACUGCAAGAACCGCCGCUGCGGCCCCCUCAACAUCACCCUGGCCGCUGAGGCGUGCCAGCGCAAGCAGCACGUGGCCCUGAAGACGGUGCGCAUCCGGCAGCUGGAGUUCCUGCAGCCGCUGGUGGAGGACCCUCGCCUGGACGUGCGCAUCAUCCAGCUGGUGCGGGAUCCCCGGGCCGUCCUGGCCUCCCGCAUGGUGGCCUUCUCCGGCAAGUACGAGACCUGGAAGAAGUGGGCAUCCGAAGGGGAGGCUCCCCUCCGCGAGGAGGAGGUGCAGCGGCUACGGGGCAACUGCGAGAGCAUCCGUCUGUCAGCCGAGCUGGGGCUGCGGCGGCCAGGCUGGCUGCGGGGUCGUUACAUGCUGGUCCGCUACGAGGACGUGGCGCAGGCGCCCUUACAGAAGGCAGAGGAGAUGUACAGCUUCGCCGGGCUCCCCCUCACCCCCCAGGUGAAGGAGUGGAUCGGCAAAAACACGCAGGCGCCCCGCGACGGCAGCGGCGUCUACUCCACCCGCAAAAACUCCUCUGAGCAGUUUGAGAAGUGGCGGUUCAGCAUCCCCUUCAAGCUGGCGCAGGUGGUGCAGGAUGCCUGCGCCCCGGCCAUGCGCCUUUUCGGCUACAAGCUGGCCAGCAGUCCCGCCGCGCUGGCUAACCGCUCCUUCAGCCUGCUGGAGGAGGCACAGCCCUCCUGGGUCACGUAA